GUGAUUGGCUCCGACAGAGUAGCUUCCGGUAUUCCCAGGAAGGCUGCUUCCAACUGCUUUAGAUUCUUUUCAUUGAGCGCGCUUGCCGCCGACCUUGCCGUUGGCCCCAGCUGCCUCCGCUCUUCACGAUAUUUCUUCUAGACUCGCCCUUCGUCUUCCUUUUCUGCGCUUCUCCCGGCCGGAGGCUGCCUCGCGUCUCCGCCGCCGCCGCCGCCACCGCCACCGCCACCGCCGUCGCUCGCAGCCCCGUCUCCAUAUCCUACCGCUGCCUCCGCCCCAUCCCACCGUUACCUCAGCCCCGGUCAUCGCCAUCAUGUCUGGUGGGCUUCUGAGCGCGCUGCAGAGCGACUCCUAUGUGGAGCUCGGCUGGUACCGUGACCAGCACUUCCGAGGUAAAAUGGACGACCAAGAAAAAUUAUUAAAGAAAAGCUGCACUCUGUAUGUCGGGAACCUGUCCUUUUACACCACGGAGGAACAGAUCUACGAACUCUUCAGUAAAAGCGGGGACAUUAAGAAAAUAAUCAUGGGCCUGGAUAAAGUAAAGAAAACUGCCUGCGGCUUCUGCUUCGUGGAGUACUACUGCCGUGCGGACGCCGAGAACGCCAUGCGGUACAUUAAUGGGACUCGCCUGGAUGACCGGAUCAUCCGCACGGACUGGGAUGCGGGAUUCCGAGAGGGCAGGCAAUAUGGAAGGGGACGGUCUGGGGGCCAGGUGCGAGAUGAGUACAGACAAGACUAUGAUGCCGGGAGAGGAGGUUAUGGGAAAAUAGUGCAAAACCAGUGAGUGAUUUAAGUCCAUCACUUGAAAAAAACAAAACAACUCGACCUUGUUGGCCGAUCCUGAUGGUUCUGAAAACAAACUUUAUACAAACUGUAAUUUAUUUACCUACUUCUGCCCAAGAAUUAAACAGGCGACCUCUUGACUUCCCACAUUGAAAAUCAUUAGGUGACAAACUGAGAAAAGUGACUUUGGGCUUGGCUUUGAAGCCCUGAGGUGUUACAGACUUGAACACUUGAUGAGCACUAACCGAGCAGAACUGUAUUAUUUAUUAAUCCAAUCUAGCAAAAUUUUCAAUUAGAAAAUGACCAUGUUACUGUUCAACACUUAUGGGGUUGUAGUGAUUUGUAGUAACAGUUAUAAUGUUGUUGUGAAUUAGGGCCAUUUUUAUUUCUAAAGUUUUUUGAAAAUGUUUCAUCUUUUCCAAGGUGACUUCUAAUCCACAAAAAUUCAAGUUAUUAAAAAAUAUCUAAAUAGUUCUGCCUCCGCUCUAGUUAUUUGACAAAAAUUCCUGGGAGGUAUUUUGUCAUUCUACCUAGCUCUGGGGCUGCUCUAUUAGAGAUGAUACAUGAAGAAGUUUGUAUUGAGGAUGUUAAUGGUGCUUAUUUCUGGGACGCCAGUACAGAGAAUGUCAUCCUAAUGCUAUUUUCCUAAGGGGUGGGGAGGAUUUAUUAUGGGAAAUUGCUAAUUAAGAAUCGAAGGGUUGGAAUGUUACAUGAAUUCAGGAGACAUUCAUUUUCUCUUUGAAAGCUUUAAAAUUUGAUGCUACAAUUAUUACAUUUAUUUUUUAUUUUACCAAUUUCGUAAGGGAAUGGGACAGAUUUAGAAUAAAGGCUGACAAUCAAAGAAAAUAAAAAAAUUUCUAAUAUGAAGUGUCAAAUAAGCUUUACUUGGAAGAUGUUCAGUGUCCAAGGUCAAGUAGGACAUAUCCAACAGUUUUUGUGUAUCGACAUUGGAUUGCUCUGAAGUUGAAUUCUCCACCUGAGAUUCUUCAUGAACUGGAAGGUAAUUGGGGGAUAUUUGCCCCAACUUAAAAUUUCAAGGAAUGAAAAGAUAAUUUAAAUGUUGUCUAACUUGUUGACAAUUUUAAAUGUUUUUCCUCAUAAACCUGUUUGAGUAUGUGUGUUGGGUAACUCCAGAAAACUGGAAAAACGAUUGAAAAGCUGACUCAGUGCAUUGAUUUCUUAAAAACGUUGGUGAUUUACACAUCAAUUUAAAGAAUUUUUAUCAAUGUGGAAAAAUCAAAAGCUAGAGCUGAUGUUUAGUAACUAUAAGCCUCUCUUCAGUAGUCUGUAGUGAAGUAAAAUUGGGGAUGAAAGUUCUUUAGUGUGAACUUUUCUUUUGGAUGUUUAAUAAAAAAUUAGUUUAAA